AUGAGCACUCCUGGUUCAAGUUCCAAUCCAUCCGAAGAAGCCCAGUCGAAUACCGUCCCAUCUGGUUCACAAGCUUCUACUCAACCAAAUGUUCGGGCAAAAAAGGAUCCUGCUUGGAGAAUGAAACAACACCUUGCUGGAGUGCCAGGUGCUAUUUCAGCAUGUCCAAGUUGUCCAGGAGAUAUAAAGUUUGUCAUGAAAAGUUCAUUGGAUGAAAAUGCCAAAAAAACAAAAGAGAAACAUGCUGGUGUGCUUAGUGAUAUGUUGGGGGUGAAUGUAGAUAACAUGUAUGAUGUUAUUGAUGAUGAUGAUGAUGAUGACGUUCAAGCAACAUUGCAAAGUAAGGAAAGAUGGCAUGAUACGGAUUUAGCUCUUGCUAUGUGGUUUUAUGAUGCUUGUAUACCUAUGAAUGCUGUGAAUUCUCCCCUUUUCCAAAUAGCAAUGAGCAAAGUUGCUAGUAUGGGUCAUGGAUACAUGGGGCCUUCAUAUCAUGCUAUGUGUGUCACAUUGUUGAAAGAUGCGAAACAGUCUGUACAACUUAUAGUUGAUUCCUAUAGACGUUACUGGGCAGAAAAUGGUUGUACAAUUAUGGGUGAUGGGUGGCGGGAUACAAGACAAAGACCCCUUAUCAAUUUUAUGGUGUAUUGUGCAAAAGGGAUUUCAUUCAUCAAAUCAGUUGAUGCAUCGGAUAUUGAGAGUAAUGCCCAAACAUUAUGCAACUUGUUUAGUGAGAUUGUUGAUAUUGUUGGUCGUCAGAAUGUCGCUCAUUUAGUCACUGAUAAUGCUGCAAACUAUAAGGCUACAGGAAGAUUGUUAUGUGAGAAGUAUCCGUCCAUUGUUUGGUCUCCUUGUGCAGCUCACUGUAUGAACUUGAUUAUGAAGGACAUGUCGGAGAUGCGUGAAGUCGCUGAUUUGGUUACACUUGCAUCGAGGGUUACAGUGUUUGUUUAUAACCACAAAUGGCCAUUAAAUUGGUUAAGAAAAAGACCAGGUUGGACAGAAAUUAUUCGUCCGGGUGCCACUCGUUUUGGUACUGCAUUUAUUGCAUUGAAAAGUUUGUGUGAUCACAAACAUGAUUUGUAA